AUGCCUCCACGCGGACCAAUAGGGAGGUGCGAGACCCGCCCCACCGAUUACAAGGCUGCCACGACGUGGGCGUCGUGGCCACGCGUCGCUCUAGCGGUGCAAACCCACGCGGCGCAAAUCGGACCGUCCACAUCUUCACUGUCUUGUGGCAUCGCGGGUACCUCGUCGGCACCGGCCGCCCCUGGAAACCAGGUCGAUGACGAGGACGCGGAGGAGGAGGGGGGGGAGGAGGAGGAGGAGGAGGAGGAGGAGGAGGAGGAGGAGGAGGAGGAGGAGGAGGAGGAGGAGGAGGAGGAAAGCGAUGACGAAAACGACGACCGUCCACCUCAGGAGAUCGAGAAGCGCGACGACGCCAUCGCUGGGCUCACCGCCGAGCUAGCCCGUGUCACCGAGGCACUCCGCUUGUCGGAAGCACGGAGAGUGCCGGUGGCCCCGCCGUCGGCUCCCGCGCAGACUCCCAGCGAUGGUGGAUCGGCGGAGUCGGCCAGCACGGGGGCUGGAGCCAAGAAAGGGGAUGACAAACCCCCGCCCCCCCCACAGACGGACGAGGAGGCCAGUUACGAGCUCAACGUGGUGCAACCGUGGCGGGAGGCAAAGACUGUGAGGGACGCUUGGCGCCUAUGGAAUUCCGCCACCGCCAAUGACACCCGUCGCCUUUGCGACAGGGUCGCCGAGAAGGGAUUCGUCGCCCGCCACACCCUCCUCACAGGAAAGGGCGCGACGCAGGGUGGGCUCGACACGAAAGUGCGACGCAUGAUGAGGGCCAUGGAUGCGGUGCGCCAGCUACGCGCGAGCGACGGCGACGCCGACACCGAGGCCGUGGUCGACGCACUGAACAGGAUCGCGGCACCGGGCAUUGGGACCUUCUGUGACGCCCUCACGGUGCUCAACCCGAAAACGGAACCGAUGAAGUCGAAAGAGCCUGGCAUGGGAGUCAAGGGGCUGGGCCCCAAGGUUGUCUCUAAGCUUCGCCUCGCCUGUGGGCUUGUCGCGCUCAAUCUGAAGCCGGCCGAAUGGCUCGAAGCCCUCUUUCCAGACACCUGGGAGGAGCAGAUGCCGAAGACCAAGGCCGACCUGGCGAAGCCGACCGCACCUGCCAAGUCGACAGCACCGGCCAAGCCGACCGCACCCGUGCAGCGUCCUCCGACCAAGCGCAAGAAGACGGCAUGA